AUGCAGUCCAUCAAAACACCCGACUUCCUGGAUACUGGGGCUGUGUCCCGCUCGCGCAGUCCCAGCGUUGUGUCUAGCGAUUCACAAUUUUCUCGAGUCAAUCUCAUGUCCCCGCCGUCUGUGACGCCGGCUCCAGCAUUCAUCUCGCCAUCUGCGGCUUCGGAUAUCAUCUCUGCUGACCAAGAGUUCAACGCUGCCGAUUUCGUGGCCGAGGAUGAGGAAACCGGGGCCGGCGCCACGGCGUUGGUAACCCCGGCCGCGUUAUCACUCCUGAACGGAUUUCUCGAUAACCUCUUAUUUAAUAUCCUCGCUUCGUCAAAGUCGACUCAGCUUGCUUCCCUUCGACCCGCAAUGGCCGAUGUAUUGAAGCCCCGUUUGGCCAAGGAAGUUGUGUCCGCGGCUGAAGAAGAGUUGAGUGAAUUUAUGGGCGGAGCGGAGGAUGAGCAAACGGAAUUCCGUGGUGGCCAGGAGCCCAGCGGCGAUUUUGAUUUAAUACGCUCAUGGAAAUUAACUCGUCUACGAUGCAUGGUCUACACACGACUAGGCGACAUGGAAGAGGAUGAUGAAGACGAGUUUAUCGCACAAGAUAACUUUGGAGAGACCGAUGGAGCACCCCGUAGAUUUACCAGUCAUGUCGACAACAUUACACCGGCAGCCUCUAUUUUCCUUACCUCGAUCAUCGAAUACAUUGGCGAGCGCGCACUCGUCAUUGCCGGCGAGACAGCGCGAUCUCGUUUGUCGGCACAGCUCAACAAUGGUGAUGAGUUAAGUGGAUCCGGAGAACGGAAAAGAAUCGAUCGACUUGUAGUGGAGGAUCUGGAUAUGGAGAAGUUGGCCCUGAAUGCAACCCUGGGUCGCCUGUGGCGCACGUGGAGGCAGCGCAAACGCAGAACCACUCUUUCUCGAACCCUAUCUCGUGAAUCAUUCCGCCCUCGUGGAUGUUCCAUGGCAAAUAGCCGAAAGAGCAGCAUUGUGACCAUUGAGGAACCAGUGACUCCCAAUGAGCCUCUCCCCGUGGCGAUUCCGCCUCUCGACCCCGCCACCAUUCCCUUGCCGAUGAGUGAUUACGAUGUUCAAGAGAUCGAAGUUCCAGGCUACACGGGCAACCUAGACGGGGUGUAUGGGGAGGUGCAGACGAUGCAGGCCGUUGUUGCUCACAAGGUGCGACCACGCAGUCUGAUGGUGUUUUCGUCGCCCUCCCUUAUCCCCAAAUCUCCAGGUUCAGCAAACGUCUCGCCCGUGAGUGCGUCAGCUAUUGAACCCGGGAAAUCAAUCCGCCAUGUUCGUACGAGGUCUCUGCCUAAUGGGGCAGCCCCACCUGACUCGACCGACGAAGAGCCAGAGUCGCCAACUGACCACCCAUCGCCUACCGCAUCGGAGAAAAAGCAACUCGAGACUAUGUACGAGGAUGAUGAAUCGGCAGAAUACGUGGACGCAGCCGAAACUACCCCUGGCGUUGCUAUCACGGCAGAACACGAAGAAACCCCAUGCUUCGAAUCUGCAGCACAAGCUUCCGAAAAAGCCAGAAUGUCGAUAUUGCAUGAAGAAGAGGAGGAGGCACCCGCAGUCAGUGACAUGGUUUCGUCCUUGCGCACUAUCGCGCAAGAUGAAGACGCCACGACCGAUAAAUCCAAUAGUACUCGCGUGUCCAUUGUAUCAUUGGGCGAUCGACCAAAUCAUAAAGACCCAGAAGUGAUUGAGGGCACUGGAUUGUGCGAAAAGCCUAAAUUAACUUCGACGAUACACCGACCAAAGCGACAAUCCUCCAGGGAUGUCAGUCUCCUGAAUGCGACGUCGGUUUCUGGACAGACUAGUGACCCUGAAACGCAAGUCGUUGCGGAGAACAGGCCUCCAAUGCAAGGGGUUGAGACCACGCCGGCUCCACCCGCACCGCCCAUCGAGGCUAUCACACCUCUGAAUCGUGAUGCGACUGAUGAAGCUCAGGAUAAGGUGAUCAUGGCAACCACGCCUACGACUCGGUCAUCGGAUGAAUACCCCGAAACAACAAAUUCUUCGCAAUCUCUCUCCCCUGAUAUGCCUCGCCCGAUUUCUGUUUCAGGUAGUUCGCAACGAUCUAAAACUCGUCCUAGACCUGCUCCGUUGGAAGUGGCAGCCAGCAAUCGAAGUCUCUCCGCGUCCGCCUCCGCCGUUGAACGCGCGGCUGUUCAGCGCAUGUCUCGGCCAUCGGUAUCGAUGUCUUCCCGUCGGUCUGGGAGCUUUGGCAGUGCUCGCGAAAAUACGCGUCCAGUGACUGCUAGCUCUACCACAUCACAGGUGUCUAGCAAGCUGAAGGGUAUCAUGGGUCGACCUCAGGGUGAAUCUGGUUCGCUGCGCAUGCGGAGCUCGUCUGAAACUAGUCGCGCAUCCGGUGGCAGCGGAGACUCUACAGAGAACGAUGUUGCCGAUUUGGACAAGUUGAUCAACAGUGAUGAAACUAUUCAUUACACCCUUACUCCACGAAGUGUGAGGGAGAUGACAUUCCCUGAAUCGUCCAACCGUGCAGUUCCUCGAUCAGAGACGGCAGGCGGCGUCUCCGACCUGGCUGCAUUCUUGAAUACCACUGCACCACCAGGCGAAGAUAAACACCGCCCCCACGCCUCGGUUUCCUCAAAAGCAACUGGAGAAAUGAGUCCAGUCUCCCACACCAGAUCUAUUGAGUCACCCAAGCACAUCCCGCUUACCACGCGCUUGACCAACGCGUCAUCAACAUCCAGAUCUAGCAGGAUUGGACAGGCGCGGGAUGCGCGAGUCUCGCCCUCGGAUUCGACACGCGACUUUGCGGAAUUCAUGAGAUCGACUGGCCCUGCUAAUGGGUCAUAUGAGUCUAAGACCUCUCUCUCUGCCGAGAGCACGCGCCCUGUUCGCCCUCCAUCAACUGUCUCCACUGGCUCCCGUGGAAACCGGCCUAAGCUCGAAGCUCGUUCUGCUGAGACGAAAGGAUUCCAGACCUCGGACCUUAUCGACUUCAUUCGCGAGGGACCUCCUAUGCCAGGAGGUGCUCAUCGUAUUCCUCGGACAGUUGCACCUUUCCGCAACACCAUCGAUUCGGAUGAUAUUAUGAUGGAAAACACAACAUCCAGCUCCUUCGUCAGUGCUGGUAAUGGAUCUACACCGAAUAAAUCCUUGUCAUCUCUUGGUUCGCGGACUGCGUUGCUGGAUUCAAACCGAAGCAAGCCUACAGCAUCGGGAAGCGCCACGGACUUCAACGAACCCAAGCCUGUUCGGAAGCAACGUCGUGCUCCAGAUCCCUAUGCCAUUGACGACGAUGACGAUGACGCGCUUCUAGAAGAGCUUCUGGAAAAAGAAGCAAACCCUAAGCCCAGGCGCGAGGAGGAGAGCCUGAUGGAUUUCCUGCGCGAUGCCCCUCCUCCUCCUUCCGAACAACCCCCACAGCCAUUUAUACUUAGUAAUCCUACAUCAAAUGGUCUCUCCAGUGCAUCGGGCAUGAAAUCCCGUUUGCUCCGCACAUCCCAGAACUCUUUGCGCACACAACCCGCUCCCACAAAGGUCCAGUCCAACUACUCUGCCAAGGUUGGCCAGGAACGCAACAACGGCACCAUGCCAUCUAUCUCAAACCGCAAGACCGACACUGGUGAUUUGGCUGAUUUCCUCCGAAACACCGGGCCUCCUCCGGGCCCUAUACGGUCUUCAUCAACACCGAUGGGCCCUAAGUCGAAGGACGGUGGUCUUUCCCGUUUCUUCACUCGCCGAAGGAAGGUCGAGGCCUAA